CGGUGAAAUGUACAGUACGUGUCAGGGAGGAGAAAGAUGCUCUGAAGAGUACCGAAGCUUGCCUCCUGGCGGCAAGAGUAGGGUGGAAGCAGGACUGCAGGAGUAACCGAAGAGAGCACGGCAAUGAGGGGGGAUAGGAAUAGAUUACAACAGCAAGCAUGGUGACAACAGCAAGCAUGAUACGUGCUCGCCUGCCAGGCACAGGCAAGAGAACAUGCGGCUGAACGAGCACAAGGGGAAGUCCAUGUGGGACAAGGCGGCGGCGGUGGCAGGUGCGACUCAUCAUGGCAACGACGGCAAGAACGCAUCCGAGUCUGGCAAGAAACGGACGAGGCUGUGGGAAGCCGCCGGCAGAGUUCGAGGAGAGGAACAAGUCGCUGAGGCAGCACGGGAGGAGGCCUUGAAAUGCGCUGACCAGUCGUUCCUGUCGCUGACAAUCUCACCGAAGGCGGCCACGAACCUGACCACGGAGGAGGCACUGGCGCGGCAGGCCAAGCUGAUCGCGCGGCGGCGGAGCCUGGGCAUGUCGCUGGCGGUGGGCGCGAUGGCGUGGUCGGUCGACGCGCCGUGCCUGCCAUUGCUCGCGGGGCUCUUCGCCGUGGUGAGCGUGUCCAUGCGCAGCGUGUCGCAGUCCUGCGCCGCCCUGCGGAAGGGCGGGCCGGCCGCCGAUGCCGUGGCGCUGCUCAGCCUCAACUGGGUUCUCCUGGGCGUGCUCACCUCGCCCAUGCUGCCGGGCGUCGCGCGGGCCGUCGUCCCGCGCGUCCUCGGCCCGGUCCUUACCUGGCCUCUGCUUUGGUGUUGACCCAGGGUAUCAACGGAAACAAAUCACAAUAUUUGCUUUGGAGAUUGUGUGCUCCUUAUAUUUAUCAUCAAGAUCAAAACUCUAGUACGCCUUUAUAAAUCAACAGAGCGAGUAAGUAUGCAGCCAACAUCGGAACAACCCAAUCUGCC